UGCUGAGGAUUCCUAAGGGAAAGGCAGUUUGGAGAAAUGAUGUUCAGGUCUCUUUUCCGGGUUUACGUCUCAACACAUCCCUUUGUUGCCAGUCACGUUUAUCUUCUUACCCUUCCUGGGGUUGGGGUUUAGCCUCUGGCAGGAAGGAGUGGGAGGUAGAUGUCAUUCAGCAGGGCCUUGAAAAGUACUUGAGGAAACUCUGUCCCUGUGCCCUGUUUACAGACAUGCCUAACUGUUUACUUGAGUGGAUAUAUAGUAAGCUCCAGGGGAAAAGUCUAAAUGGAUAUUGGCAGAAUCCUAAGGUUUUUAUUCGUGGAUUGAGCAGGUACCUUAUCUGCUCCUGUAUCUGUAAAGGAGUCCAAAAUCUCCACUGUGGGAACAAAAGAAAUACAAAGUCCAAUGGAGGGGUGAAGGCAGUGGGAGCUCUGUCUGCUUGAAGGAAUGUAUGCCACCAUCUUCUCUGUCUUUGAAUCCACCCUAACCACCCCCUUCUGUAUAGUCUCGUAUUCAAUUAAAAAUUUCCAGUUCAUUUAUUUUGCCUGGUUAUGUUUUUUGUGGAGAUGUUAUUUUUCACCAAAACUUUUUGAAAUGUGGUAUCCCAAAUAAAAUAUACCAGCCAGGGCAAAAAACUGUUACUUCCCUCAUUCUGGGCAUAAUACUUUUUUUUUUUAAAUUUUCAUUUUUGAGAGAGAGAGAGUAGGGGAGGGGCAGAGAGAAAGGGAGACAGAGAAUCCCAAGCAGGCUCUGUGCUGACAGCUUUGAUGUGGGGCUCGAACUCACAAACUGUGAGAUCAUGACCUGAGCCAAAAUCAAGAGUUGGACGUUCAACCGACUAAGCCACCCAGGUUCCCCUGGGCAUAAUACUUUUUAUGAACGCAGUCCUAAAGCGUAUGGAUGCAUAUGUAACUGUUGGAUUGUAACAGUGAGCUUAUAGUUUGGUUUAGUUAGUUUGUAUACCUUUGGGUAUAUAACUCUUAGGCUCACACUGAGGCCACCCCCCAGUUUUGUUCAUGCAUUCUGCUUUUGGGUCAAGUCCCCAUUAUUUAUUGUGUGUAGAAUUUUAGUUUUCUUGGACCCAAUUGUGACAUUUCUCAGGGCUAAAUGUAAUGUCAUUAGAUUAGCACCUUAGCUCUUUGAUAACUGCCUUUAAAGAGAUCCUUUUCCUUCUGAAACUCAUACUGGCUAGUUUCAGGAACCCUGAAAAUGGAAUAAAAGUGUCAUCAUUUGAAAAGAAGGAAAGAAGGUAGGAGCUGGAGAUGGACUUGAGACUUCUGCCGUUAGCUAGUUUUGACCUUGAGCAAAUCACUCAGCCUCUUUGAACUUCGAUCACCAUCCUGUCUCCUUGGUAUAAAAUGGGAAAAUCUUUGUCUCACAAACUUAUUAUGAGGGUAAGGAGAGUCCAUGUGUGUAAAGCAUGUAGUGUGGGGUUUUGCACAUAGUAGGCACACUAAAUUCAUUAGGGAAAACACUGACAGUGUGAAGCCCUGGAUCAUACCCCCAUAGUUAUUCCAACAGGUAGGUAAUGAGCCCACUGGCCAGUUGACUUUGUUCAACCGGUUGUGAAUCUUCCCAUUUUAUCCUUCUGCCCACGACUCUCUAUUUUGUUUAGGACAGCGUAAGAGGUGUUAUCGCAUACCUUGGUGAAUUCCAGAUGCUCCAUUUAAGGACAUAGGAAAUUAUUCAUGAUGUAAUAUACCAAAAAAGGGGGGUGGGAGGAAGACACUGAAGUGUACACAUAGUAAAAUCACACUUUGGCAAAAAAACCAAUUUUACAAUGAAGUAGAUGUGACCAGGGGAGAAAAGAACAAGGCAACACACUAGAAAGUCAGCACUAUUAUUAUGUAGAAGGAUCUCCUUAAGGAUCUCUUGACUGACUUGUUAUUUCUCCUGGUGUCAGAGCUUAUUUUCUGUCAUCCGUAGACCACUGAAGAACCUGUCACUCGCAUCAAGCUUUCUUUGAACAGUUGAAAGCAAAAUUAUUUUUUUUCCUUAACUUUGUACAUAUUGUAAUAUUCAGAGUCCACUAUCUAGCUUUCACUAUGGAAAAUCAUUUUGUUAAUGUCAUUAGAUUUAAACAUCCUGCAGAUUCUUAUGUAUCUGCCUUAGACCCUGAGAAACUUGCUGGCAUCUGCUUUCUUCUUUAUAGACAGGACUGAAUUCAACUCUCUUGGGCCCUAGCAUAGGCACUUUGCCUUCAUGGGGCCUCUUCCUCCAUAAAAUUGUGACUGUGCUAGACAAAAUUCAAGCUGGAUUUACUGUUAUUCAUUUUUUUCUUUUGACCUUAAAAGAAAUUAAGACAUUUUUGGGGCCCCCUCAAAGUAUCCUGGGCCUUCGGCACUGUGCUUCUUAUGCCUUAAGGCUGAGUCACCCAGCUCGGAGACUUCGUUGUCGCCCAUCAUGGAAAGCUCCCACUGCAUUUUGAGGUGCACGUGAUUUAUGAUGGUGGUGCAUUUCCAUUUUGUAUCCUCAUUUUCUCUGAGAAUAUUGGACCAUCUUGAUGACUAUCUGAGAAGUCAUCCCUUGCUUUUUCCUUCUCAAUACAUUGUCUCUACUCUUUAGGUUAUUUUGCCUUUGGUAGCCUUUCUCUGAUUCUGUGCAGAUUGCUUCACUAUUAAAGACGGCUGGAAAGGAGGCUUUUUUUUUUUUUUUUCAGUUAACUACUCUGGCCCGUGUUAUCAAUGCUGCAUUGCAAGAUUGACUUUGAAUAGAUGUCAAGGUUAAUGCUUUGCUUUCUAAUGGUAGGCUUUUUUGAAAAUUAAAAAAAAUACAUGGUAUGAGAUUGUUCCUUUUUUUUUUCCUUUUUGAAUGGAGCCAGUCAGAAGUGUUUAGGCUUUUGUCAAUGAUUAUUUUGAAGUAAACUUGUAAAAGAAAUACAAUUACUGCACUUGUCAUGAAUUGAAAUACCAUUUUCUCUUUGUUCUUACCCUGACUGAAUAUUUCUAGGUCCUGCAAGAACAGCUCAUCCACUGUUAAAGUGUCAGGUGGCCAGUAAGGAGUACAGAUCCUUGACAAGAAGAACAUAGCAAUCGAGGGAGGAAAAUUGCAGAGGAGUUGGGGAGGAUACAGCAAUAGUGAAGGCUCAGAUGCCAGAGAGAGACCAAAGAAUGUGGUUAAAACUUGCCUGUUGAGUGUUCAAACAGAUGAGGAACACUAAAAUAAAGGCCUGCAAAAAACCAGAGAAAGCGCACGAAUUCAAGUGUACUCUUGUAAAAGAAGAAGUCAGGGCAAAAUAAGAUGAGGUUUAUUCCAUCAGUCUUGCUGUAGUCUGGAAUGUAGUUGGCAUUUCCAUUAUCCUCGUAAGUGACUUUGAGCGGUGCAAGCAUGUCUUGCUAGAGGUUUCCAGGGAGGACAGGUUUCCAGUGCUUGUAUGGUUGCUGGGCAGUAGCCAGGUCCUGCUAGAAGCAUGGACAGCAGAGCAGUUCCUUCACAUUCUGACUGUGGUUCACUUCGAAUUAAUCAGACAAAUGGCCUCCUCCCUGUUGCUGGCAAAGUGUUGAAAUCUCAUUGACUGUAACCAAAUUCUCUCGCACUCCAUUUUUUUCCAUUCUGGGUUCUGAUAGUGUGUGCUUCUUCAUUGUGCAAGGGAAGAAUGGCUUCAUGGAGAAUCCAUUCUCUGUGACAUAUUGUUCUUGCAGACAUUUAACCCCCAUGUGUAUUCCAGGGAGAUGUGAACUCAUUCCCAUCAGUAAGGAAGGCUGAGCCCAGUUAGGGUGUGAGUCUUUUCAUGCUCUAGAAGGAGUGUUUGAGCAAACCCUGUUCUGUGAUGCAUCCUCUGGCUUUUCCAGCUAGCUGUCACAAAUAUGAGGAAAUAGAUUGGAUGCUAGGAUGCAUCUCCCAAGUUCAGACUUUUUAAUUUAAAAAUAGAAUAAGAAGAUUCUAUUAGCAUGUAAAAUACUGACAAGAAUCAAUUAGAAUUCCAUUUUUAAAAGUUCUUUAUAACUCCCAAGGAAGGAUGUGAGCCCUUUCAUAUAGAACUUAGUAUACCGCCGUGUGUUUCCUCAUGAAAAAGCCAAGUCGAUGAUGCUGUCUUGCCACCCCCAUUUCUUCCUCCUUCCAGUAGGCAAGAAAAGUAGUUAUGUUUUUUUGCUACCUGACUUGGUCAUUGCUUCCUAAUUUUUUUUCUAAUUGUCAAGAGCAUGUGACAUCAUGUUCCAACUUGAAUUUGGGUUGCUGUCUUCUGACCCCAGAUAACCUGUAGAUUGCUUUGCUGCUCCUUGUAAAUACUGUACUUGGUGCAAGUUAAUUAUAGGCCAAAGUGCAUAUCACAGGCUGUUACCUAAGAACCUUGGUACAUUUUGAAUGGGAGGAGGAGCAUGUGUAGGAAGAUUGUGCUUGUAGAAUCUUAGGGUCAAGAAGGCACUUUCUAGAUCAACCACCCACUGAUUCAUCUGUUCCCUUCAUAAAACCACACAGAGCAGUUUUCUGGCCUGUGCUUGAACAGAGGAGUCACUGUGCUCCCAGAGGACCCUGUCACAUUUUGGCUCAAUAUAUAGAGGAACAUUUUACUUCCUUUAGUUUCCUGCCCCUGGACCAUACCAAGCAAGUGUAAUCGUUUGACCGUGUGACACGCCUGCAGAUAUUCAUAGGCCAUUUGACAUUCCCUGCAAAUCUUCUCUCCUGACCCACUUUCUGCUCUUCACGGGUUGGGACCAAAUCUUAUCACUAGGCCUUGCUGUUCUGGUGACUCUGUGCUGAGCAUGUUCUAGUAUCCUGGGAAGUACUCACUUUUGCCUGGCAACCAUACGUGGAGAAGCAAUUUUUCCAGCUAGUCAAAUUACGAAAGCUUGGACUUAGUGAUAAUGAAAUUCAGCGGCUCCCUCCAGAAAUAGCAAACUUCAUGCAGCUGGUGGAACUUGAUGUGUCUCGGAAUGAUAUUCCUGAAAUUCCAGAAAGCAUCUCAUUCUGUAAAGCACUACAGAUAGCUGACUUCAGCGGAAAUCCACUGACGAGAUUGCCAGAAAGCUUUCCUGAAUUACAGAAUUUGACAUGUCUCUCUGUAAAUGACAUCUCCCUGCAGUCCCUGCCUGAAAAUAUCGGCAAUCUUUAUAACCUGGCUUCCCUGGAACUGAGAGAGAAUCUUCUCACAUAUCUUCCUGACUCUCUUACCCAGCUGCGGAGACUAGAAGAACUUGAUUUAGGAAACAAUGAAAUAUAUAAUUUGCCAGAAUCAAUUGGAGCUCUCUUACAUCUAAAGGAUCUCUGGUUGGAUGGAAAUCAACUGUCAGAAUUACCUCAGGAAAUAGGAAAUCUGAAGAAUCUGCUGUGCUUAGAUGUCUCUGAAAACAGGUUGGAGAGACUUCCUGAAGAAAUCAGUGGCCUGACUUCAUUAACAGAUUUAGUCAUUUCCCAGAACUUACUAGAAAUGAUUCCGGAUGGCAUCGGAAAACUAAAGAAACUGUCUAUCUUGAAAGUGGAUCAGAACAGACUCACACAGUUGCCUGAAGCAGUUGGAGACUGUGAAAGCCUCACUGAAUUAGUUCUUACAGAAAACCGGCUCCUGACCUUACCUAGGAGCAUUGGAAAACUUAAGAAGUUGAGCAACUUGAAUGCAGACAGAAAUAAAUUAGUGUCUUUACCAAAAGAGAUUGGCGGGUGCUGCAGCCUCACCGUGUUCUGUGUGCGGGACAAUAGACUGACUCGGAUACCUGCAGAGGUGUCCCAGGCAACAGAGCUUCAUGUCCUAGAUGUGGCAGGGAACAGGCUAUUACAUCUGCCUUUAUCCCUGACCGCCUUGAAGCUGAAGGCUCUGUGGUUGUCGGACAACCAGUCCCAGCCUCUGCUCACAUUCCAGACGGACACAGAUCAUGCCACAGGAGAGAAGAUUUUGACCUGUGUCUUGCUUCCUCAGCUGCCUUCUGAACCUACUUGCCAAGAGAACCUGCCUCGCUGUGGGGCUCUGGAAAGCUUGGUGAAUGAUGUCUCCGAUGAGGCCUGGAAUGAGCGUGCCGUGAACAGAGUCAGUGCAAUCCGAUUUUUGGAAGACGAGAAAGACGAAGAAGACAAUGAAACGAGAACACUUCUGAGGCGAGCCACUCCACACCCUGGGGAGCUAAAGAAUAUGAAAAAGACAGUGGAGAAUUUACGGAACGACCGGAAUGCUGCUAAAGGACUGGAUUCAAACAAGAACGAGGUCAAUCACACCAUUGACCGAGUGACCACUUCUGUAUAGAACUUCACCUGCAGGUUUUACCUCCCGUGUCUCCCCCUGCUGUUGAGAUGUUCCCGUGCCCUCCGGAGGAGCCUCACGCAGUCCUUUGUCUUCCCCGGAAGGCGGGGAGGCACGCGCCACCCCCAGGCCGCCUGCUGGGGUUGCUGCUCUGUCCACGGAUGUGCCUUACUGCGGUCCAGGCGCGCUUCCUUUCCUCCAGCUUCCAGUCGUUUGUCAUGAUAAGUAGAAUACACUACUGUAAACAUCUGACCUUUGGUGUUGUCUUAUGUUGGGGUCAGGGAGCACAGGAAGGGGAAUUGUUUUUGUCCUCCUCCCUCCUGUAAAGCGCCCUGGACAUUUUUCUCUUGGACCUACUGAUGAGAGAGAGUUUUAUGUACGGGGAAUAAUUGAUACUUUUUUAAAACCUUUUUUGGCAGCUCAGAUGGUGUAAAUUUUAAAAAAUUUUGUAUAGGUAUUUCAUAACAAAAAAAAAUGUGUAUUUCUUUUUCGUUAUUUUAUCAUGGAAACGGUACAUAUUUUAGCAUUUGUGCGGGAAGAAAAGCGCAGGAGUCCUAAAGUGUUUUCUCUUUUACCAUCCACUUGUGCCUUACUGUAUCCUGUGUCAUGUCAAACGAGUUGCACACAGCGACGUCCUCAAGCAGUCAGAUGAGACUAAGAAUGUGGUACUUUUAAAGCAGUGUUGGAUUUUAAUCAGUAAUCUACCUGGUGGAUUUGUUUUUAGCCAAAAAGAAGAGUUACCACGAAUUUGUAAAUUUUAUCAGUUGAAUUUUUUUUUUUUAGAAAGAUGAACCAAAGGAUUAGACUGCUAAUAUUUCGUUUCUUAACACUUUUUAUGAAUGAGUCUCUUAGAAUGAGUACAGUGUCUGAUUGUACCUACUUGGAAGGUAUAUGCCAUUUGUAAAAUAAAAUCAGAAAAGCACAAAAGGAGAAAACUGGUUCAGGAAUCCAGUGAGUAAAUGAAUUAUGUACUGCAAAAGAAAGUAUGAUUUUUAUUGAAGAAAGCUUUAAAAGUUUUAUAUUGAGAUAUAAAACCACAAUAAAGCGAAAUAACCUACAACCAUAUUAGAAAUAUUGCUAUCUUUGUAAGUGCAAUUUAAUUUGUAAAUAGAGUUUGAGUCAAAAUAUAACAAAAUAUUGCUUCAAGUUUUAAUUUUAAGUCUGCUAAUUUAAGAGGUAUGGGGGUAUGUUUUGGUGCAUUUCUGUUGAUUUUUUUUUUUUUUUUUUGUAUAAUGUGAUAAAAGAGAAAUGAAAAUGCCAGUUACUAUGAGGAAAAUCACGAUAUUGUUGGGUUUUUUGUUUUCUCUCCAUGAAAUAAAAUCACCCUGGAAUUAAC